UCUCCUCCCUACCUUCAACAUGUAUCAAUGGCGAUUUAGGACACAAUCAACAAAAAAGGUAAUUGACGUGAAGCUUCGAAAAGAGGAAGCAAGACGAAAGAAAGGCAGUAAACAGAAUGAGUCAAAACAAAUAUCUAGAAAAUCCAAAGUUGUGCCUGCUUCAGAUGCCAGUGCCGAGUUACUAGCAUCAAUACAAAAACGUCAAGGGGAGAAUAACCAGACAAGCAUGAGUGAAAAGUUCAAUCCUAAUGAAGAUGCAGCACUGAAGAGUGUUAUGAUGAGGGGUUUGAAUUGGUCUCCUCCUCUAAGUAAAGAACUGGUGAUGCCAGUCUUUUGUUCAACGUGAAUCAGCCC